UUUGAUAAAUGACACACAUUUGCUUGUUUUGCCCCAGGGAAAUGUCACGGGACUACAGAGAGUAGCUGAUGUAGAGAAGCUGUUUACUUUAUUCUUCACAAUAAUCUUCUGCUUCUCAAAGGAAACAAGUGUUAAGCUCCGUCCCACAAGUAAAUAAGCCUCGUCUAAUCCGUGAAGAACAGAAGCAAAUUGUUGGUAUUGAACAAGUGUGAAAAUAGGAGUCGUAACGUGAGACACAGUUGGUAUCGUUCGGAUUAUUGUCGGGUUUGGAGACUGUUUGGGAGCUAAAAAUAAAAAAAAGAAAGCUACUAAAGAAUGUGCAGUCUCCAGAGGGGGCGGGGCCAAACCUGCCUUCAGACUGGAGCGGUGAGGAAGAGCGGCUUUAGUUUACUACAGCACGGAUAUCUGGAUGCAUCUGCUUAGAUAAAAGUAGAGUUUUUGCCUCUAAAAAACGUCCCUUUUUAUUUUUGAAGAAGCGGGAUAUAGUUUGUGGAUACCGGGACUCGAACAGGCGACCAUUGGCGGCAGGAGGAGGCAGCGGGUGACAUAAGCAGCACAGACCAGGCGAAUAUCCCUGCGCGUCAUGCUCGGCAGCAUCUAGCGCCGCUGCUGAAACAACCCGGGGCAGCUCCGUCCUUCUCCGCCCGCCAGUCCCAGCCUGCAUGGAACAGAGUGUGCCCUUCUAGAGUCUAGCUUCUCCCGAUUUAAAAACAACAACAACAUGAGGACCACCGAGGAGACGGAGGGCUUUGACGGCGAGGCCUCCAACACCUCCAUGAUCUCCGGGGCCAGCAGCCCGUACCAGCCCACCACCGAGCCCGUCCACGCGCUCAACGUCCUGGGCGGACUGAGAUGCGACCUGGAGUACCUCCGCUCAUACUUUGGCAUCCUGAAAGCUGUGGAAGUGGUCCUGUCGGUCAUUGGUUUCAUCUGCAUAGAAACCGUCAUGAUGUGUUCUCCAUGUGGAGGGGUCUACUUUUUUGAGUUCGUCAGCUGCAGUGCCUCCGUGGUGACGGGAGUUCUCCUCCUGAUUUUCUGCCUCAACAUCCACACCAAAGUCCCACACAUCAACUGGAACCUGACGGACCUGGGGAACACGGCUAUCAGCACGCUGUUCUUCUUUCUGUCGUCCCUGGUGCUGGCCUGCAUCAACCAAGGAACUGAUGCGGAAAUAGCAGCAGUGGUCUUUGGCUUCCUGGUGUCAGGUGUGUUUGGAUUAAACACCUUCCUGGCAGUACGGAGGUAUCGCCGUGGCAACGGGAGUCAGGGGGCAGCUCAGGCCAACGACUACAUCCGAGCUCGCACGGCGUCUCGCGGAGAAAUGGAAGCACGGUCUGAGAUCGCAUGAGGGGCGACCGGCGAACAGCUGAGGAGGAAGAGUGGCUCUGAACGGCUGACUGAGAAGGACAAGGCUGCAGUGAUCCUGACUUUUAAUCACACUCUCAGUGACAGCUGUUAGAGUUGAAGGUGGGCUUCUUAAGCAGCAGAAAAGAGCUGUGAGACAGAAAAAAACAAACUCUGGAGUGUGUGCUGACUCGUCUGAAGGAUUUCUGUCACUGUGAAUGUAGCCGAGCAUUGAAGGAACGUCAGCUUUUGUACAGUUUUGUCAUGACGUGACUGUGAAGUCUUAGAAAUGUGAUCACCGAUCACUGGACCAGCAACAUGCAGUAACCCGGAGUGCAAGAACGGUAAAACCCUUCAGCUCCAGCACUCUAUGACCGCCCAACUUGUGAAAAAUAUUUUCUGAAUUUGCUUUAGGCAUUUUUACCCACUAACAUUAAAAAUGAUCUUUUUUUUUCUUUCAAUAUUACAAUUUAGAAAAGCUUUUUUUCAGGAAGAUGUUACAGCGCCUCCUACUGGCAAAAGAUUAAUACUAAGCAUGAAUUGUUCUAUGGAAUCUGUUUCAGGAUAACUCUAUUUCCUGUUUCUUACUGUCGUGACGCUCUCAUCGAUCCAGGCUUCAAUGUUUUAGCUCUGUUAGCUCAUAGCACUAAAAACAAAAAACAAAUUUGAUCAAUAACAUUCUGUGGUUUUUUUCUUAGACAUUAUUACACUUGAGGUGCUUUAAAAAUUUUCCAUUUUGAUGAGGCCUCUCCUUGGACAAAGUUUGUUAAAAGAUGCUCCUUAACCACACCUUAGUUUACCUGCUAAAGUCAUCUUAAUUCCGAUUGUGUUGACUGUCUUCAGAUGAGUCAACACAGCCAAAACUUCCUGCUUCACAGAAACUCAGUGAAACUUAAAGACCCACUCCGAUGAAAAUCGUGUUUUUAAACAUUUUAUUGUGGCGUUUUUAUGACAUAUUUAAAGAAAAUUAAGUUCAAAAAUGGAUAUUUUGGAAUAUUUCUUUAUUCAAAUUGUUGUGAAUCGGGAGCAGAUAAAAAAGCAGUUUGAGGUGCUCCGUCCCAUUCCGAUUCAUCCAUUUGCAGACAAAUAGCUUUAUGUACUUCUUAAUUUUUCUGUACCGCUGGAUAGCUGCGAUAUUGCUCGCCAUUUUUGUUGCACCGCUAAUGUUAGGUUGGGGUAGUGGGGUAGUGAGGGGCUGUAAGCUAGCAGGAGAGAGAUGGAAACUGAUGGCUUACUCCAUGCCAAGGGUCCCGCCCACAACUUGGAGGCAAAUUUCUGAUGAACUACUGCCACUCUGCAGAAACUAUGUUCUAGAGAAUGCUUUGACAACAGAUUAAAAGAUGAUUGGAGUGGGACUUUAAAUUGUAGUUUUCAGGGACUCUUUAAAAGAAGAAGCUAACUAUAAUGUUUCUUAACUUUACCUAAGAAACUUAGAAUGGUUUACUCUUAUCUGCUAGAAACUGAUUCAAAUAUUUGAAUAAUCUUUUAAAUUUUGUGUUAUAGUUUGCAUCUAUUCCCCUUUGCACAAAUUUGACUCGACAGAUCACACUCAUUUCUGACCAAAGUGAAGUGAAAUUUAAAAAAACUUUUUUUUUUUCUUUCUAAAUAAAAUAGCUGAGAUCAGUUGCUCUCAGUCUGGAAAACUGCCUCUCAGGUCCUCCCAUCUGCGAUUCCUUGAAAACAUUUGAGGUUGAAACCACAGGGUGCCUCCAUCUGAAUGCUGUAUUUCAUAUUGCCUUCCUGAUUUUCAGUCAUGACAGGAAUGUUGCAGAACACUGAAUGAGAGCUGGAGGGGGGUGGAGAGCGUAGGAAAAAGAAACUCGGUACAGUUUGCGUUCAUUCUGUUUGCAUAUGUACAUACACAGUAUGACUGCAGAUGUCAUGUAUUUAAAAAAAAAAAAAACUGCAUUGCAGCUGCUAUUAAAUCUGAAACAGCAGAUCCCUCACUCCUGAAAUGUUUUUUCUGAAUGCACAGUAGACUUGUAGCAAAUAAAAAAAUGAUCUUACUGUUAAAUAUGAAGGACAUUUCAUGCUAAAUGUCUUGCAUUGUUUUAAUGUAUGAAAAUGUCACUACACAACUGCUAGCACAGGUUAAAACACUAGUAAUUGCAGGACCUAAGUUGACUCUAGAGCCCCCUCUGCUGGUGCUUCUAGAACAUGUCUUUCUUUGACCUCUCUAAGCAGCCAGAAAGAUUCUGUUAUUUAUUUAUGAAUGGGACCGUUCCAUAUUUUUGCAUUCUAGUAAAAACAAUAAUCAGUGAUCUGCAGCUUGAUAAGUAGCCUCACACUGCUUGAGUAAUCAGGCGUUUCUUGCGUUAGAAUUGACCUCCACGUUUCUUUACUGUCCUCUUGGCUUAAUGACCAAACUAGCUGUAGAAAAAGACAAUCAUUGGUAUUUAUGUUGGUGACCAAAUAAAAUACGUUUGCUUUGGAUUGAUGCUUAAGACACUUUUACAGAAAGAAAUUCAUACAAGUGCGUAAUUUCUUUUUAGUUUGAUAAAUUUGUCAUAUUUUCGUAAAUGUUUAAUCUGUGUUUUUAUAAAUGCUUAUUAAUUGUUACUAAAAAUGUGUAUUUGAGGAAAAUGAAACGUUAGACUUCUAAUUUCCUGAUUCUGCACCUCUGUUUUUUUAAGUGUGUACUUUCUUUUGUAAUUAUUAAACCAGUCUGACACAUA